AUGAGUCUCAAACAAUCAGAAGGGGGAAAUGAACCGAAUAGCAAUUCCAAUUCCAAAGAGAUGAAUGGUGUCAAUGACACACAAAAUCAAAUACAAAACUUUUGUUUGCUGAGAACGCCUAGUAUGGGUGUAGAUGAUGUAUGUAAUCAACCAGAAUAUCAGAAAAGUGCAUCUAGUUCUUCAGAGACUACUAGGAGUGGCUCGUCUGCACAAUUACAAUAUGUUAAGGCAGCGAACGAUGUCCGAAAGAUUAAUAAGGGCUUACGGAAUGCAAAGAUUGAUUUGGAGGUUAAAAAUUUAAUGAUUGUAACCAAAUUGAAUGAUUUAUUUCUUAUUUAUUUGACAAGGGAAUUAGUAGAAUGGUUAUUAAGAAAUUUUCCUUCGUUGAAUGUUUAUGUUGAGGAGACUUUAAAGGAUGAUCCAAAAUUUAAUGCAGAAGGGAUAUAUAAGGAUGCAAGAUGUAUUGAAAAUAGGAUAUUUUAUUGGACACCACAAUUUGUUAAAGAGCAUGAUUUAUUUUUUGAUAUGGUAAUAACCAUGGGUGGUGAUGGUACUGUGUUGUACGUUUCGACAAUAUUUCAACAAUCAGUACCGCCUGUAUUAUCAUUUGCAUUGGGUUCGUUAGGUUUCUUAACAAAUUUCAAAUUUGAAAAUUUUAAAGAAGAUUUACCUGGAAUAUUGAAUCAUAAAAUUAAAUCUAAUUUAAGAAUGAGAUUGCAAUGUUCAGUAUAUAGUAAUAAAAAAAUAAAAAUUUCAAAGGAUGUAGUCGUAGAUGAUUCAUCUGUUACGAGUGUCCCUGAAGAUCUUCAAAGUUGUCAUACAGAUCCUUCGUUGUAUAUAUCUUCCGUUCACCAUGUAUUAAAUGAGAUUACGAUUGAUAGAGGUCCCGGGCCAUUUUUGACAAAUUUGGAAAUAUAUGGAGAUGAAUUUUUCAUGACUAAUGCCCAAGGUGAUGGUUUGAUUGUUGCUACGCCAACUGGUUCAACAGCGUAUUCAUUAAGUGCGGGUGGAUCAUUAGUGUGUCCUACGGUUAAUGCGAUUGCAUUAACACCUAUUUGCCCACAUACUUUGAGUUUCCGUCCCAUUAUACUUCCCGAUAGCGUAUGCUUAAAGAUUAAAGUUUCUAGUAAAUCGAGGGGAUCUGCUUGGGCAUCAUUUGACGGUAAAUCAAGAAUUGAAUUGAGACCUGGUGACUACGUUAAGAUUUCAUGUAGUUCAUUCAGUUUCCCAACUGUAGAUUCAACUGAUGAACAAUUCAUUAGAAGUAUUAGUCGAACAUUAAAUUGGAAUGUAAGAGAACAACAGAAAUCUUUCACUAAUUUACUUUCAAGUAAAAAUAAGAAAAAUUUUGUAAAGGAGGAAAAAGCUAAAAAGGAAUUUGACAGCACAGAUCAAUCAUUUUCAUCGAGUGAAGUUGAUGUUCGUAAUGUCAAAGAAACCCCGUAA